AUGGCUGCCACUCUCGCCACCUCCACUGCCAUUGCAGCUCAGUCGCUGUCAAUGACAAAGGCCGUGUCCUCCUCUGCCAAUGUCCCGGCUUUCUCGGGCCUGAAGGCACUUUCUAAGAAGGCCAGCGCCUCCGUCGCAGCUAAGAACUGUGCCUGCAACAAAUGCACCAGCUUCAAGAGCCGCUCAGUGCGCGCCGAGUCUAUCGUCACACACACCAGUGCCGUUCCCAGCCCUGGCGGCGGCGCCACCUACUACGUUGUCAACAUCACCUUCCCCAGCCCAGGUCAGGCCGCAGCCCCCGCCGCCGCCCCCGCCGCAGCUGCCGCCGCUACCGAGGCUGCUGCCCCCGCGGCUGCAGCAGCUCCCGCCGCUGGCGGCAUUCCCCGCGUGAAGCAGGCCGCACUGCCCGCACUCGCAUCCAUGGCGAAGUUCUUCCCGAACGCGAGGCAGGAGGAGGAGUUCCUUCACUCCGUGGCCGUGGAGCUAAACAAGCUGGGCUUCCGCAAGGACAACGGCAUUGCGCUCGUGAACACGUGCCGUGACGAGGUGUGCCGGCCGAUCGUGAACCUGAUCGACAAGGAGUUCGGGCUCUCGUUCAAUGUGUCGGGUCUCGGCGGGCUGGUGAACUGCGGCAAGACGGGGUUCAAGGCCGCCAUGAGCCACUCGCCCGAGUUCCUCUGCGACGUUGACGGCACCAUCAAGGAACGAUACAUUUUCUUCGCGUUCCCCCACGUGUCCGUCGGCGAGUCCGGCGAGGUGGGCUCUCUCCUGCGUCGCGGCCGCGGUAAAUCCUCCAGCGCUUGCGGUGCGCUGAUCGCGAUCAAGAACGACAUCAACGCGGGCAACGGCCCGUCCCCCGACGACGACGACGCGGAGUACCAACUGCUCAAGACCAAGGUCAUGGAGAAGGUGCAGCGCAAGAAGGAGGGCGAGCUGCUGUCGCUCGUGCAGGUCACCAAGGCCGCCAUGCAGGCUAUCAACGAGGAUCUCGAGAAGCUCAUCUCGCUCACCGUCGACCCUGCCACGGCUGACUAUGCCGUCGUCACCGGCGUUCAGAUCCACUCCGGAAACCAGAUCCCUGGCGAGCCCUUCCGCCUGGAGCGCACGUGCGACUACAUCGCGGCGGACAAGGUGUACGCUGUGGUGCGCGGCAAGCGGUACGACCUGCAGCUCGAUGCCGCUGACGUUUCUUCCGUCGCCGAGCCUGUCUCAGCUUAG